AUGUUCGCCGCCUCUCGUAUCCAGCGACGUGCUUUCUCCGCCACUGCGCGAGACCUCUCCAAGGUCACCGUCCUCGGUGCUGCCGGCGGUAUCGGCCAGCCUCUCUCCCUCCUCCUCAAGCUCAACCCCCGUGUCACUGAGCUCGCUCUCUACGACAUCCGUGGCGGACCCGCAAUUGCAAUCAUCAUGCUUCGGCUGAGCGACGCCCGCACGCACUGGCCAUCUCGCACCUCGCUCAUCCGAGGCCCCAGACGACCCAUCAUGCCACCUCAUCCCGAUCUAGAUCAACCUCAGCUAACAGCCUUGUUCCCCGCAGGUGUCGCCGCUGACAUCUCCCACGUCAACACCAAGUCCACCGUCAAGGGCUAUGAGCCCAGCCCCGCUGGCCUCGCUGAUGCCCUCAAGGGCGCCGAGGUCGUCCUGAUCCCCGCUGGUGUCCCCCGCAAGCCCGGCAUGACCCGUGACGAUCUCUUCAACACCAACGCCUCCAUCGUCCGUGACCUCGCCAAGGCCGCCGCCGAGUCCGCCCCCAAGGCCAAGCUCCUCAUCAUCUCCAACCCCGUCAACUCCACCGUCCCCAUCUGCGCCGAGGUCUUCAAGUCCAAGGGCGUCUACAACCCCAAGACCCUCUUCGGUGUCACCACCCUCGACGUUGUCCGUGCCUCGCGCUUCGUCUCCGAGAUCAAGGGCACUGACCCCAAGGACGAGAACAUCACCGUUGUCGGUGGCCACUCCGGUGUCACCAUCGUCCCUCUCUUCUCCCAGAGCAACCACCCCGACCUGAGCUCCAACGCUGAGCUCGUCAAGCGUGUCCAGUUCGGUGGUGACGAGGUCGUCAAGGCUAAGGACGGUGCUGGCUCUGCCACUCUCUCCAUGGCUUAUGCUGGUGCCCGCAUGGCUGACUCCGUCCUCCGCGCCGUUCAGGGCGAGAAGGGUGUCAUUGAGCCCGCCUUUGUCGAGUCUCCUCUCUACAAGGACCAGGGUAUUGAGUUCUUCAGCUCCCGCGUCGAGCUCGGCCCCGAGGGUGUCGAGAAGAUCCACCCCAUCGGCAAGGUCGAUGCCAACGAGGAGAAGCUCGUCGAGGCCUGCCUGGGUGACCUCAAGAAGAACAUUGAGAAGGGUGUUGCCUUCGUUGCCUCCAACCCCGGCAACUAA